GUGUGGUAUGUGUGUGUGAGAGAGUGUGUGAGUGUGUGUGUGCGGAGCGGAUCAUGAGGAGCACCAGGGGACUGCGGCUGGCUCUGGCCGCCUACAAGCCCACUCUGCGGCACUACCACCUUCAUCACCUUCAUCAUCAUCAUCACCACCACCAUCAUCAUCAUCAUCUCCAGCAGCAGCACCGCCAUCUUCAUCACCAUCAUCAUCAUCCUCAGUCUUCCUCAGUGGGGAUCGUCGGAGCGCCUUUCUCCAAGGGACAGCCCCGAGGCGGAGUGGAGCGCGGCCCCGACGUGAUCCGUGCCGCCGGGCUGGUGGAGAAGCUGCAGGCGCAAGGCUGCGCAGUGAAGGAUUAUGGGAACCUGAGCUUUGAGGAGGUGGUGCCCGACGAGCCUGUGGGCCGGGCCAAGAGGGUGCGAGCGGUGGGCGGAGCCAACCAGAAGCUGGCGGAGGCCGUGAGCCGCGUGAAGAGGGACGGACACACAGCCGUGAUGCUGGGCGGGGACCACAGCCUGGCGAUCGGCUCCAUCCACGGCCACGCCGCCGCCCUGCAGAGCCCGCUGGGCGUGGUGUGGGUCGACGCCCACGCCGACAUCAACACGCCGCUCACCUCGCCCACGGGAAACCUGCACGGCCAGCCCAUGUCCUACCUGAUCCACGAGCUGCAGUCCAAGAUUCCUGCCUUACCCAGCUUCUCCUGGGUCAAACCCUGCGUGGCGGCCAAAGACCUCGUCUACAUCGGCCUGAGGGACGUCGACCCGGAGGAACACUACAUCCUGAAGCUCCUGGACGUCAAGACGUUCUCCAUGACGGAGGUGGACCGGCUCGGCAUCGCCAGAGUCAUGGAGGAGACGUGCGACUACCUCACCGCCAAAGUGAAGAAGCCGAUCCACCUGAGCUACGACAUCGACGCCAUCGACCCGUCGGUGACGCCGGCCACCGGGACGCCGGUGGUGGGCGGGCUGAGCUACCGGGAGGGCGUCUACAUCACCGAGCACCUCUGCCAGACAGGUCUGCUGUCGGCGGUGGACAUGGUGGAGGUGAACCCGGCGCGGGGCCGGACGGAGGACGAGGUGCAGUCCACGGUCAGGACGGCGGUGGACGUGCUGCUCGGCUGCUUCGGACGCCGGCGGGAAGGAAACCACCCGGCGGACUACCGCAUGCCGGAGCCGUGAGCCGGGCCCUGAACGCAGCGUGGCGGACGGAAACCCCCCCUGAUCGCCGACGGGACGGCGUCUGUCGAUGGAGACGCGUCCGCUUUGUGAUUUAGGCCGAGCCGCUGGAU